UAACAGGGGGGAUCAGUGUGACUGAGGGGGCUGCCUGCAGUCUCCUUCAGUGGGUUCACUCUCACUGUCCUCUGCCCAGCCCUCCACGCCCCACUACUCUCCCUGCCUCUGCCCCAGCCCGGGCCCACGGCUCCACCAUGGCCGACCAGUACCAGUACAACACCAACGAGGAGAAGAUUGUGAAGGACAGCCACACCAAGGAGAUCGACCUGAUCAACAGAGACCCUAAAUUUAUCAAUGAGGAUGUGAUCAAGGUGGAGUUUGAGGAUGUAAUCGCAGAGCCUGACGGCACACACAGUCUGGAUGGGGUGUGGAAGCUCAGCUACACCACCUUCACCGUGUCCAAGUACUGGUGCUACCGCAUCCUGUCAGCUAUCUUCGGCAUCCCCGUGGCUCUUCUCUGGGGCUUCCUCUUUGCCUGCAUCUCGUUCUGUCACAUCUGGGCCGUGGUGCCCUGCAUCAAGAGCUGCCUGAUCGAGUCCCAGUGCAUCAGUCGCAUCUACUCCCUCUGCAUCCAGACCUUCUGUGACCCCUUCUUUGAAGCCCUGGGCAAGAUCUUCAGCAGUGUGAAAGUGGCCCUGCGCAAAGAGGUCUAGACAGUCACACCAGAGGUGGCUGGUGAGGGGAGGAUGGCUCAUAAUAAUGAAUGGAAUGGAGUGAAUUGAAUGUUAUCAAACCAUGUGUUUAAUGUGUUUGAGACCAUUCCAAUCAUUCCGUUCCAGCCAUUACUGUAAGCGUGUCCUCCCCAUUUAAAGUGCCACCAGCCACCACUGACUCACACCCACCACAGUGUUUACAUGUGUUUGGAUGAAAUGUUGCACCCUUUUUGUCUGCCAGAUCAGAUGACCAGUCCUGGUGUCCUCAUCUUUCCCAAGACACCCCCCGUUACCCUCACCCCGCCCGAAGCUCUGGGCAUCACCCUGCCCGUCUUGCCUUUUGAGUCCUGACAUGCUCAGAGCGACCAGCACCACUAGAGGCUCUGUGACAGCUGCAGCAUGGUUGGGUGACAGCUCUGGCUCCGUUGGAAGGCAGAGAGCUGCCUGUUCAUUGAGGGAAUAGAGGGCUGGCAGCCAUGGCCUGAGCAGGACUCCCAGAGUGAAUGUAUUUUGAGAUGCUGAGGACAGUGGCUCCUCAGUCACGUGACAUAAACACCCCAGUGACACUAACGGCAUUGCAGCACCUGUAGGACAAUACUGCAUAUACAGGGCUCUCCAACCCUGUUCCUGGAGAGCUCCCUUCCUGUAGGUUUUUGCUCCAACCCUAAUCUAGCACACCUGA